UCGCGACUCAUGACGUCAGGAAUUUGUGCUACGUUUUCAUGCAGCGCUCUACUGGUGUCACGAAGUUCAUGCCGCUCGUUCUCCAGCACAGGACGAAGCGAACGGUGUUUUUAGUGGCUGAUUGAAAGCCAAGUCAUGAAACAACGUGAAUCAUUGUGCAGGUGAUUCAGACUAGAAUUUAAAAGGCCAGCAUUAACUUUGCUCUCCGAUAAAAUCCAAAUAACCUCAGAAUUAAACGAAAAGAAAGGAAUUACGCAAAAUAAUAAUUAUUUAUCGAAAGUAACCGUACUUUCGAGUUUCCAUGCAUCGUAUAUUGACGGUUUACGGCUGGCUACUGUGCUUUUGGCAGCCAGGUCUUCGGUGCAGCGCGCGCACCACGCAAAAAACCGCGGAUGCUAAUUCUGACCAUGGGCGGAUUCCUACAGGUACGUUAGAAUGCACGAUGUAUUUGUUAUGAUUGAGCGCGCGGUGAACAAUAAGAAAGACGACAUGGUGACGCUUCCGUUUCCACCGACUGCGACAACGUCGGCGUCACCAUCAGGCAGCGUGUUGCGACCGCAUCUGGGGAACACUGUGUCGUUCUGGUGUCCCGUUCCCGUGGGCGGGCACUUCUCCCGCAUCAGCUGGACCGUCCAGGGUCGCACCGUCUUCGAACGCGGCCAGCCGGUGGCGCUGCCUGCAUCCCAACCGCAUUCACAUUACGAAUUCGCGCAGUUGGACGACGGGACCGCGGUGCUGAGUAUCCGCAACGUCUCCCUGGCGUCCAGCGGGGAGGUCGUCUGCCGCUUGGAAGAGGCGGCCAGGACGACCGUGCUGCGGCGCUUCACCCUGAUUCCCGCGUCACGCGGGCCGCUGAGGUCUUCGCGGAAGUCCUGCCUUGGGACCAGGAGGUGGUCGUCGGGGACCGAUUCAACAUUAGUUGCUGCGUGCGGCUGCCACUGGCGCCGGAGGUGGCGAAGAAUGUGCGACAGCACUAUAUGUGGCGACACAAAGGUGAGCUGCGGAAUGCGCCCGCAGAGGAGCCCUACACGUCGUAUCUGCCGGCGGGGUGGACGGCGACCGCUACCGACCCGCUUGGACCCCGUCUAUUUCGCAACGCCCCCAGCGACUCUGGAAUAACAGACAAUGCGCGGGACGGCGUCUUUUCGUUCCACCUAAAUUCAUCCGGUGCUGCCCUGAGCGAUAUCGGCCGGGUGGAGUGCUGGUUCCGGCCGCAUCGCCACCUCCACGAAUGGAUCGUGCAGUCAGCUUAUUUGAAUGUCGACGAAUAGCUACGGCUCAGUUUUUGUAGGUCAACAGUGGAGCCAGUGGACAACAUGCGAUACGAGUAUACGCAUUAUAAUAUGGAAUGAAUACGGCAACAAUUAUCUUCAUUUUAAAUGGUAAUUUUUAGCAGAAUUAAUAAAUGUUAACAAAACCAUGCUCGUGCAACCGUAAUUGAAGAAAGCCGAUA